AUGCUCUCCUUCGGGAAUUUCCUGCUAAUCUACGUCUUCGGCGGCCUGACCUUUGUCCCGCUCUGCAUCGCUGUCGUCUUGUGCCACGCAUACUACACCUUUCCCACCCGCCACCUGGACCCAGAUGCCGACGCCCACGAGCCGCUGCUUCCCACGCCCGACGACGACGAUGCCACGACGCCUGCCCGUCGCCUCAGCGAGCUGCAGGCCGACGCCAAGCCGCGCAUCAACGAGCCCGAUGUUGCCGCCGCAUACUUUGCCGUGUGUAGGGAAUACGUGCCCGGCGGCGUACAGGGGAAGCCGCCUGAGCGCGUCACGCCCGCUGGCACCGUGGUAGGCGUCGAGAGCCCUAGUGUAUACCAGACCAUGUACCGGAGCCUCUUCGAUCGCAACAGGUCCCAAAGCCCAAGCAUCGAGGGCGGUGUCAAGGGGAACGCGAAGGCCGCAAAGAAGGCUCGGAACGUCUUCUUUGUCGUCCUCAGGCACGGCCAUCUGAUCCUUUUCGACGACUCUGAACAGCUCGAAGUGCGCCAUGUCAUUUCCUUGGCGAACCGCGUCGUGGAUGUGUACGCUGGCGGCGACCCCAUUGCUGAAGGAGAGCUUUGGAUCAAGCGCAACUGCAUACGGCUAAUGCGCAAGCAAACUCACAAAGAAGCCGAGGCCGACUUCAACACUCUUUAUCUAUUUUCCGAAAACUGCAAUGAGAAAGAGGAUUUCUACUUUGCUCUGCUCCGGAACCAGGAGCAGAGAGCCGGACUGCCGGUAUCGUUACCACUCAAGUUUACCCCGGAACACAUGGUCAAGCUCGUACAACAGUUACACGCUUCUGAAGAAAAUCUGCAAACCCGAUGGAUCAAUGCACUGAUUGGGCGGCUCUUUCUUGCCCAGUACAAGACUUCGGUCGUCCAGGAUUUCAUUCGCUUGAAGAUCACCAAGAAGAUUGCGCGCGUGACAAAGCCGCCUUUCAUUAGCAGCAUCAACAUCCAACGCAUCGAUAUGGGCGAUAGCGCGCCACUCAUCGUCAACCCGAAACUGAGAGAACUGACACUUGACGGAGAUCUCACUGUGGAGGCCGAUGUCAAGUACAAUGGAAACUUCCGACUCGAGAUAGCAGCAGUGGCUCGCAUUGAUCUGGGCUCGCGAUUCAAGGCGCGGCACGUCAAUCUGGUACUCGCGGGUAUCCUUAAGAAGCUGGAAGGGCACGUGCUGCUGCGGAUGAAACCGCCGCCGAGCAAUCGGUUGUGGAUGACUUUCGAGCAUCCUCCAAAGUUGGAAAUGUCCAUUGAACCUAUUGUUAGUUCUCGGCAGAUUACAUACGGUGUCAUUCUACGGGCCAUCGAAAACCGCAUCCGCGAGGUCAUCACUGAAACUUUGGUCAUGCCCAAUUGGGAUGACAUACCCUUCUAUGACACCAGGCACCAAGAAAUUAGGGGCGGUAUUUGGGAUACAGAAGGAAAGCCGGAAGAAGAUUCCGAUGCGACCUUGAAACCAACUACACAUGAGACAGACCCCGUCACUGGUACUUCAACCCCUGGUGAAGGAGAUGAGACGCAACAGAUGUAUAUGACAGAAGGGGGGAAGACUGUGAGCAUGCCUAACCUGCCCCAUGCAGCGCCUUCUGGGGUUACAUCACGGAAGAGUACCAAGUCCGCCCUCUCUUCCGAAUUGAGUGCUGAAGAUGCAAAGUCAAGCGGGGUGGAUCGGUCUCCAGCGUUCAAGCCAAAAGCCAUGAGGUCCAGUUCUUUUGCCACAGUUGCCCAUCCGGUCGUCAGUACAGAACCAGCGAUGGUAGACGCCUCGAAGUCACCACCAGUCAAGGCCCAGCAGGAUGCUGCCUCGGCAAUGAAAGACCUGUCAGCGCGAUCACAACCAGUAUCUCCUGCGGAAUCUCCAGUUGGAUCUCCCUCAGCUGCGAGUACAAUAACCAGGCCUCGCGGAGCCUCGAAAAGAGAGAGAACAACCUCUGUGCCAAAGGAUCCAGAUGUUGAAAGAUCUAGGGCAGUCGAAGAAACCGAUCAGGACCCAUUGGGAAUAACAGACAAUGGGGCAGGCUUGGUAAGCCUUGACGGAAGCUCGCUUUACUCAAUCCCUAGCACUUCGUCAAGUUACUCCGACUUCAAAUCGCAUGGCUCCUCGUCUGCGAAAACUGCUUCUCAAACAUCUCACACAGACAGACGACAAUCACUAAAUGUGUCCUUGAAUUCGGCCACAACCGCCGCAAAGAAGUGGUUUGCCUCUCGCAACCACAACAAUUCGUCCCAUGCAUCACCCAGUCCCUCCAUCGCCGAGUCAACAGAGACACCCUCCGAGCCACACGAUACGCACGAGCACGCCCGCGACGCAGACACAUCCUCUAUCCACAGCCAUCAUCAAAAUCACAAUCAAAACCACAAUCACAAUCAGAACCAGAAUCACAACCACAACCACCAUCACAAUCAAGCCCACAAACCCGAAGGCAUGGGCUCACAAGCCCGCCCCAUUGGCCGAGGCCAGCCACUCCCUCCCCCAGGGACACCGCUCCCCCUCCCACAGAAAUCUGAGAGCAAGUGGCCUUCAAACCCGCUCUCAGGCUUAACACGGCGGAAACCGGUACCACCACCACCAUUACCACAGCGGCCCAACGCGCAAAACGAGCAGCACCAGCACGACAGCAGCAAAGACGACCAGCACCUUGCGCCGCCGCCGCUGCCGCCUCGCCGAUACAGCCACGCGCGAUCGAAUAGCUCGAAGUCGGAUCGCUCGUUCCACCAGCAUGCGAGCGAGGGGUACACGUAUGGCUUCGGCGGCGAGCAGCCCGUUGAUAUGCUGGUUGUGCCGGCGCCGGUCGCGGAUUCACCGCAGCCGGGGACACCGGUUAUGCCGGAGCAUCGGGAGCACGAGGAGCAUGAGGGUGAGGGAGAGGGUGGGCAUGGGCAGGGGCAUGAGCAUGAAGGUGGUGGUGGUGGGGAAGGCGGGGAAAGUAAUAAAGAGCACGACACUGCGGCACAACAGCAGCAACAACAGCAACAACAACAACAACAGCAGCAGCAGCACAACACUGGCGCAGGUCUCGGUAUUGGCGGCGGACUUGGUACUGCUGCGGCCGCCUCUGCCGCUGCAGCGCAGGAGGAGGAAGAAGACCGCGCGGACGCGGAUAUCUUCCACCUCGAGGUCGGGCUGCCGUGA